AUGCAGCUACGCAGAGAAAUGGACACGUCUGCAUACGACACAAAAACGCGUCACCUGCCGCGCAUCCUUUGCCUACACGGAGGCGGCACCAACGCCUCUAUUUUCCGCACCCAAUGUCGCCAGCUUUCACGUAGUCUGGAGCCGCAUUUCCGUCUCGUUUACGUCGAGGCGCCUUUUGCAUCCUUGCCAGGUCCAGACGUAGCACCCGUUUAUGGCGAUUGCGGUCCCUUUAAGCGCUGGUUUCCCGAUGAUGGAAAGCAUUCUGAUGCCGACACCAUUCUCGCCAUCGACGCUUCUCUGCGCGAGGCUAUACAAAACGACGAUGCUCGCGCCGGUGCAACGGGCCCUUGGGUUGGACUGCUUGGGUUCUCGCAGGGCGCCAAGCUGGCGGCCAGUCUGCUCUACCGUCAGCAGCAGCGAGUUGCCAAGUGCCCAGACCGGAUAGGCUCCUCGGAAAACUGGCGCUUCGGUGUCAUCCUGGCCGGUCGCGCGCCUCUCGUCGCGCUCGAUCUAGAGGUCUGCCGGUCUACCACGCUCGACAGACCGUCGUCGGCAAGCGUUGCGAUGGGGGACGGACACGUGUCCAGCUCUGGGGAUAAUGUGGGCGAUGACGACUUGCUGCGCGUGCCCACACUCCACGUCCACGGCACCCUCGACCCGGGGAUAGAGCUGCAUCGGCAGCUAUUGACAAGGUUCUGCGCCCCCGGGACGACGCGGCUGCUCGAAUGGCCUGGUAACCAUCGCGUUCCGAUCAAGUCGGCUGAUGUCGACCCCGUGGUGGCUGAGAUGGUCAAAAUGGCGGCUUCUACAUGUGUUCCGGUCUAG